UCAACGUGCGAUUACUUGUCCUAUAUGUUGUAUACCGUUACAACCUGAUGAAUUAUGGAGAAAUGUAGUACCAGAAAAUAUAUUAAGACCGGAUGUGAUAGCUUUACAAAGAUAUAGAGAAAUUCAAGUAAAUAAACUACCAGAAGAACAAAUAAUUAUUGAAGAAGAAGAAGAAUUCGAUCAACAAGAUGUUUCAGAUUGUCCUAUUUGUCAUAUAUCAUUACAUCAAGCUAGGAGACGAAUGGAAGAAAGACAAAGAGAUAUGGAUAACAUUCCACAAAUAAGGGAGAAUGUGGAGGUGAUUGAUAAUAUACAACAAAUAGUUGUAGUAAAGCAGCUACCACCACCACAACAAAAUGAAGAUAGAAAUAUGAAUCCACAAGAUUUUACAAGAUGUUCUAUUUGUAAUACACCUUUAAGGGAAGCUAUGAAUAGUAAUCCAGAAGUAGUAAGGCUUUGUAAUAAUCAAAGACAUAUGGCUCAUAUGCAUUGUGCGAUUAGAUGGUAUGAUAGAGACAGUGUUGAUACACAUUGUGUUAUAUGUGGUUUAAAUUUAAUUUUACCAUAUGUUCGA